AUGGUGCUGGCCGCUUCUGUCCAGUCAUCAUCCCUCUCUAAAUUCGCCUUGGGCAAAGUCCUCAAGGAUGCAUCGUCCAUAUUCGGCGAAUACUUCAAAAGUACCAACCACUUCUCCGAUUGGAUGAAGAACUACCCAGACGACACUCUGCUCGUACACAUGAACAUUCCAGGUACCCACGACAGCUCAACAUGGAACUAUACCCAGGCCACCCAAAACUCUCUCCGGGGCAUCACAAACCUGAACCAAGUACUUCUCUGGACACCUUUAGCUUACCGAUGCCAGGAGUUGCCGUUCAUCCAUAUGCUGAAUAUGGGUGUUCGGGCUUUCGAUCUGCGAAUUGCGUUUGAUCCUACAAAUACCACGCUCAUAUUCUACCAUGCGCAAGCCCUACUUUCGCAAAAAGCUGGGCUCGACAUUGUUCUUUUUGGAUUCUAUCAGUGGCUCGACGACCAUCCUUCCGAGACUAUUUUCUUGUCAAUAAAGUAUGAAGGCUCCACUGCUCGACACGCACAAAACAAUGCCGCUGUACAACUCUCGCUCUAUGAAGUCCUUACCACACCCGCUGCUCAUGCCUACUUUGUGCAAAAAAAGGACGAACUGGGAACUUUAGGUGAAGCACGCGGUAAAAUCAUACUCAUGCGCCGCUUCGACUUGGAUCAACUCCCACGUUGGUACACGGAGAAUCUCCCAGGAUUACACUUCUCCCCAAAUUUAUGGAUAGAUAACGGCGCCGAUUUCACAUUAGUGUACAACACUGAAAAGAAUCUGAGAGCUUAUAUUGAGGAUUACUUCAUGAUACAGACACCGUUUGGUUCAACUGUAGCUGAAAAUAUCCAGUGGAAGUACAACGCCACUGUCGCGCAUCUCAAGAAAGCUGCUUCUUCCACUUAUAAGGGCAGUCUGUUUUGGACCUUUGCUUCGAGUGUGAAUCUUCUGACCCUGCCUCCUAUAUGGCCCCAGAUUCAGGCUCUUGGUAAUGGUACGGAGUAUACGCCAAACGGGGGGGUGAAUCAUAUGCUUGUGCAGUUUUUGAAGCAACAGAGGGGAAACAGGAUGGGGAUUGUGAUGUUUGACUUUUAUGAUCAGCCUAGUGAUCUGAUUGAGACCUUCUUGAGCUUGUAG